AUGCGGUGGUCUUUGGAACUCAGCCCGGAGGGGCGGGAAGAUCCUCCCUCCGGCAGAUGUGACAGAGAACCCGCGAGGGUCUCUCUGGUGGAGGGGGGAAUCGGGCAGGAUGAAGCCACGGGGAUCUGCACGCAGCCUCUCCCCCCACUACCCACCCGGGGGCCGGGAGCUCCUCCCAGCCUCAUCGGGAGGGGUGGGGGUCCCCGGGGACGCGCGGCCGAGGUGCAGCGCACGGAACAAAGACCCAGAGGGGUCCUGGAGAGCGCGGCUCCCCGGGGGCGGGUCCCCUCCCCCUGCUCCUCAGCUCCUCCCAUCGUCCCCUUCCUCCCCCAGAGGCCCGGCCAGCAUGCAGCCCAAGCUGCGCCAACUUCGCCAACGGUUCCCAAGUUGCCGGGCGCGCAGGGGUGGAAGCUGGGUGGGGAAUCCGCCGCCGCCGCCGCGGGCCGCUCGCCGGCGCGGCGGGAGCGGGGAGGGCGCAGGCAGAACCGUUCGCUCGCUCACUCGCUGCGCAGGACGGCGCCCGCCUGGCGCCGCUUCCUGCCCGGGGAGCUGAGCGGCGGGGCCGCGCCUCCCUCCCUCCUCCCUGGAUCCCUCGCUCGCUCCUUCGAUCUUUUGCUUGCUCCCUCCGUGCAGCCCCAGGGAGAGCGCAGGGACGGUGGCUCGGGAGUCGGGGCCGCUUCUGCCGGGAUCUUCCGAGGGGAGGGCGAAGUCGCGAGCGGAUGCUGCCCGCGCUGGACGACAGGCGGUCGGGGAGAAUCGGAUCAGCCCGCGCCGGAGGAGGCUCGGCCGCCGGGGGUAAGUGGCCGGGAGGAGAGGCCGCCCCGCCGUGCGCCCCCGCCCUCCGCGUCCCCGCGCGCGCGCCAAACUUUGGAAGAAGAAGGGGGCAAGCGGAGGGCAGGAGAGGGAGUUCUGGCUCGGGGUAAACCCCACGCACCCCGAUUCACCUCUGCCGGUACACACACCUCGCCACCGCGCAAGCCACAGACAGCGCGUGCAGAUCGUAGCACACGCCGCACGCACUGCCUGGCACACGCCGCGAGCCGGAGAGAGCGGCCGUGGGCUAUUAAACUAGGACUUAUCUUUGUGCCCCUCAAUUAA